AUGAUCAACUUGCGCGCUCCUCUCGCCCGAGCGGCCACCAUUCUGGACCGGUCGCUUUUCUCCAAGAAGCUGGAGCUUGCUGCCGCUACGGUCAAGGAUCCCCGUAACAUCUCCAAGUACCGCAAGCAGUUGGAGAAGUCCAAAGAGCUAUUGACCCUCGACCGCCUAGACUCUUGCAGGAACGACCCCAAGGCUCCUGGGCUGAAGUGUCUCCUGCUGCGGCCCGGUGUGAAAGCCGAUGCGCCGACGACAUGGGGGCCCGUAUUCCAAGAGGGUGUCAGGACCGGUGAACUGGACGUCGUCCCUUACGAGUUGGACCUCGACUAUGACUACUGGAGCUACCUUGAUGUCAUGACCUCUAUACUGCCUGAAGAGCUCCAUGUAGAGAUUCCAGUCGGCUUCAACACAGCUGGUCAUGUUGCGCACCUCAACCUCAAGGACCAAUAUCUUCCAUACAAGAAGAUCAUCGCCGAGGUCAUCCUUGACAAGAACCCCAGGAUCCGCACUGUCAUCAACAAGGUAGAUGAUGUUGGCCACGAGUCCGUGUUUAGGACGUUCGCGUACGAGGUUCUCUGCGGACCCGACGACCUGAAUGUUGAGGUCAAAGAGAACGACUGCAUCUUCCAGUUCGACUAUUCCAAGGUGUACUGGAACAGCAAGCUGGAGCCGGAGCACACCAGACUCAUCAGCAAGUUCAAGGCCGGCGAGGUUGUUGCGGAUGUUAUGGCAGGCAUCGGGCCAUUUGCUGUCCCUGCGGGAAGGAAAGGCGUCUUUGUCUUUGCCAACGAUAUGAACCCGGAAAGUUACAAAUACCUCAGUGCGGCUGUCGAGAAGAACAAGGUCGCGCAAUACGUCCGCCCGUACAACAUGGACGGCCGCAAGUUCAUCCAGGAGGCCGUGCACCAAGUCUACGAUGCCUCGAAGCGGGGAGAAGGCGCCGUGAUCAAGCCCAAGCAGUCACGGAGCAAGCCUCAGAACCCGCCCCCCGAGCCGAAGCGCGUCCCGAUCCCGCCGACGAUCUCGCACUUCGUCAUGAACCUGCCUGCUUCCGCAUACACGUUUGUAAAGCAUUACAAGGGCAUCUAUCGUGGACACGAGAAGCUCUUUGAGCCGUACACGUCGGCCAAGCUUCCCAUGGUUCAUCUUCACUGUUUCGCCCUCAAGAGCGACGACGAGGUGCCCCUGAACGACAUCCUCGAGCGCAUCCACGCUGAGAUUGGCGUCAGGCUCAAGCUCGGGGACGCGGACAAGUACGGAGAAGUUGAUAUCUACAACGUACGGGACGUGGCUCCCAAGAAACGCAUGUUCUGUGCCAGCUUCCGUAUCCCGCCCGAAGUGGCCUUCGCUGCGGACAGCUGA